UUCAGGAAAUCACAUGGAGGUGCUGUCGUGCUCACAUGACAAUCUGAACUAUGGCAGGCGAGAUCAAUGAAGGAUCAGUCCCUCCGUACUACAGGGAGGUGUAUGAGGCUAUUUGCUGUAAAACAGACGAGCGAGUGCAGUCUGAGGUGUUCCAACGGUUGCUGAACAGGACAGAGUUACCCAAAGCUGUGCUUGCCCAGAUUGCUGAACGUAUUGAAUACACUGAAGGAUUCAUAAACAAGUUGUCCCUGUAUAAAGCUCUGGCACUGAUUGCUCUUGCUCAGCAAGGAAAGCAACCUAGCCUGAAACUCCUGGAGAAUUGCAUUCAAGAGCUGCCAAAGCCCCAGCUUGGAGAGCCGAAAGACUUGCAGACGUUGAGGAUGCAGCCAGUUCAGGAGAACCCUCUCACGGUGUUCCAGACCCUGAGCAAGCUGCUGGCCACAGACAGUGUACAGGUGGAGCUCAUCCCUGAGAAGAAGGGUCUAUUUCUUAAACAUGUGGAGUACCAGAUCACCAGCCAGCGUUUCAAGAUAUCAGUUUACCGACGAUACAGUGAUUUCGAUGUCUUCCAUGAGCUUCUGCUUCAGAGGUUUGCCUACAGAAUGGUGCCUGCACUUCCACCUAAAAGAAUGCUCAAAGGAGUCCUAAACUCCAUGUCUGAGCGCGAGUUCAUUGAGGGAAGGCGGCGUGCUCUAUGCCGCUUUAUUAACCUGGUGGCCCGACACCCCUUCUUCUCUGAGGACGAGCUGGUGAAGACCUUCCUCACCUUCAAUGGCUCAGAGGUUCAAUCGAAACUACGUGACGCUUCCAAGAAAAUGGGCGAUGAAUUCAUGACAAAUAGAAUUUCAACCCAGGCAAAGGAGUAUCUUCCCGCGGAUAUUCAGGCCCAGUUUUCAGCAAGCAGAGAGUUGAUCAGAAACAUUCACAACAGCUUUGUCAAGCUCCGUGACAGGGCAGAGAGAAUGGCUGAGCGCUCCAAAGAGAACGCAACAGACCUGCUCAUGUUUGGCAGAGAGCUCAGCACAUUGGGCUCAGACGGCUCACCCAUCCCUUCCAUGGCCUCCUCCCAAAGCACCUGGGGUACCCUGCGUCAGUCUCUGAAAGGCCUGUCUGUGGAGUUUGCUCUGCUCGCUGACAAAGCUGCUCAACAGGGGAGAAGAGAAGAGGAUGAUGUGGUGGAAAAACUCAAUCUGUUUUUGGAUCUACUGCAAUCAUACAGAGACCUGUGCGAGCGCCAUGAGAAGGGAGUGCUGCAUGAGCACCAGAGAGCCCUGCAGAAGUACAGUGUGAUGAAGAGGCAGAUGAUGAGUGCCACAGUGCAGCCCAAGGAGCAAGUGUCUGUGGAGCAGCUUGAGUCACGUAUUGUACAGCAAGAGAAUGCCAUUCAGACCAUGGAGCUUCGCAACUACUUCUCCCUAUUCUGCCUUCAUCAAGAGACCCAGCUUAUCUUCACAUACCUGCCCAUCACGUCGCAUAUCCUGGGGGCUUUUGUGAACUCCCAGGUCCAAGGACACAAAGAGAUGGGUGAGGUGUGGAAUGAUCUCCAGCCAAAGCUUGGAUGUCUUUUUGGAGCAAAUAAUGGAAUUCAAUGUCUUUCUCUAACACCCCAGUAGAGUUAUAAUACUAGUACUCCAAAACAUUUCUUGAAGUAGUUGAUAAUGAAGAUAUCCUUUUUGCUUUGGCUAUCUACACAUACAGUUGUUAAAGCUCUCAAGUAACUGCUAUUUAACAGUUUUUGUAGCAUAUUGUGCCUUAUGAAACUGUUCUUGCAUCAUCACUGGCGUUCCAUUAAAUGGCCUGUCACCACACUAAAUGUAAAGAAGAUGGCUUCUAGGGGCACUUGACAGCACAUGAACGUGCUUUGAUCUUUUGACUUUUGUAAAAGUAUUCAAUAUUGUGGUUGAUAAAUCCACAAGAAAGCUGGUUUUGUCUGUUUAAAUGAUACCUGUAUUUUGUUACUGUAUCUUAUUACUUUGUAAUAGCUCACUGUUAAAUGAGGUAAUUUGUAAUGAACAGUUUUUUUUUUUUACAUAAUUUUGUAAACUAAAGUGUUAAAACAAGAAGAUAAAGGUAAAUGUAGGCUACUUGUAAAUUCAAGUAAUUGAGCUAAUUGAAGAUAUUCAUACUGACAGUGUUUUAUUUUUCUUAUAGAUAAAGCUGUAUGAUAUCAUUUUGUUAUAAGAUAAAUCCUAUUGAAUCAUAACAGGGCAUGCGGUUUCUGAAAUUUACAAGAAUUUCUCAAAUAUAUCUAAACCUUUAUAUUUUUGAUACACAUGCAACGAUAAGAUCUUGCUCUUGUCUAUAGAUCAUUUUCUUUCUUGAGUAUAAGUGUUCUGCACUACAUAAUGCUGACCGUCUGUUAAUUGUGUCUUCACAUUAGGGAUUGCCUGCUUUUGUAAAUGGCGUUGUCUGUCAUGUAUAACCUAAACAAUUAGAAUAAUCUUCAAAUUCCUGGUUGAAACUUAACUGAAUUAUUUCAUAUGUUGUGAUCUCAACUCCAUGCUUGCACCUCGAACACAAGACUAACUACAGGAAUGUAACUAAUGAGCUUGUUUUUUUUAAUGAUUUAUGGCUGUAUUUACACUAUCAAGCAUUGAUUAA